UUCACAGGAAACAAACAGAAAAUUUGCUGAUGAGAGAGAACCUCACCACUGUCCAGAAGUUUGGUUCUCUCUCUAAAAUGACAUCGCUUCUCUCCUUCACUUCUGUGACUCCCCACAUCAACUUCCGGCACCGAAAUGACUUUUUCCGGCCAAAUUAUUAUCACAAAAUCCACAGGUUCCGGUGCAACGGAGAGAAUCCAAGAAGUAAUUCGUCAACUGCUCAAGAAUCCGAACCCGAGAACGCGUUGCUCAAGGUUGCUUGGUACGGGUCGGAGCUGCUAGGAAUUGCCGCUUCAUUUUUCCGGUCACCGUCGAGUCUCGAAGCUCCCGAAAGAGCUAUUGACCUCGCUGGAGACGGGUCGGGAGCCGUUGAUCGCGCCGCACUUGUGGAAACCAUCAAAGAGGACUUUCAGAGAUCCUACUUCGUCACAGGGAAUCUGACACUCAGUGCCUAUGAAGACAAUUGUGAAUUUGCUGACCCUGCUGGUUCUUUCAGAGGGCUUCGCCGAUUCAAAAGGAACUGCACAAAUUUUGGAUCUCUCAUCCAAAAGUCGAAUAUGAAACUUAUGAAGUGGGAAGACUUUGAGGACAAAGGAAUUGGCCACUGGCGGUUUAGCUGUGUCUUGUCAUUUCCUUGGAAGCCCAUUCUUUCAGCUACUGGGUAUACAGAGUAUUAUUUUGAUUCUCAAUCUGGGAAAGUAUGCAGGCAUGUGGAGCACUGGAAUGUUCCUAAAAUGGCUCUACUGAAGCAGAUCCUAAGGCCUAGCCGAGGAUUUUGGGGCAAGAAGACAGAAGGUUGAAGAAUAUGGGGUGAGCCUCAAGACUAAACUAGUGAUGUAUACUCUAAUUACAGAUGGAAGGAAAAGAUUGUCUCGGCUUCAGAGCUCCAAACUUCUUGACUAGUGAGGAAAAGGGCAUCAUUUUGAAGCUUCAUUUCAGAAAUGUAAAGCUAUGGUGGUACACCCACCUCAGGUUAGGACCAGCUCAUCCACCUAUCCAGUCAUCGACAACUGUUUCUUCUUCCAAACGAUGAUGGACAGUAGAUGAUCCAGGUAUGGGCAGCAUCAAGAACAUGUAUAAACUAUGAAGAAUUGUUGCUUUUAGUUGUUUGUAAUUGUGAGCAACUUCUCCACAUGGGCUUUUACUAUGAUAAAUGGUUCUAUUUAUUCAUUUGAA